UCUUGGAAGCAUCCCCCAAUUUGACUGGAAGACUGGCUGAGGCUGGAGGUGUGGUGACCUUGGCUGUAUGGGCGUGAUCCAAGCAGGCUUUCGCAUGCAGGCUACACUCAUCUUGAGCAGCCUCGCCCUUUCCUAGCUUCACUCGACACUCAGUCACGAAACCCAGCACAUAAACUCGCAGUCACCUCCGGAGCAUGCCUUUCCAUAUUAAUGGCAUCAAUCACUGUUAGCCAAACUAUCCAUGCCGGCGGGUCUACUGUCGGCUACUCCAAAACCACCCGUCGACAGUAUCAAAGUUGCGACCAAUGUCGGAAAAGUCGCAGAGCUUGCGAUGCCAGCACUUUGCGAGUCGUCAACUUUCCCCUUCCCGACGAUGAGACCGUCAAUCUUUCAACACCCACAUGCGAAGCGUGCUCGAACUGUGCCAAGACCAACAAGAAAUGUACCUUUGACUGGCUCCGCUCGUUACCUCUGCAAGGUCUCCCAAAGGGUGUCAAGAGAAAGCUUGAGUUGACUGGGCUUCCGGAAUCCGCAGAUCAUCACCCAGUGUCAUCGUCAGACACUAUCUCACAAUCCUCACGCAGCGACAAUCCUGACUAUACAUACUCUCCCGCGUCGAAGGGCUAUUCGCCUGAACGUAUCAUCGGCGACGCAACCAACGCGCCUGCCAUCCAGCGACAUCCGCUCUGCUUUCAACCUCCCCUCAAUCAAGGCAGGAACGAUGGCGCCUUGGAACUCUCCCACUUCCAUAUCACGACGGACCCGACUGGCACCGCACCUCUUCCUCGACAUGCGCAGUGCGACUCGGUCUCAAAGCAGCAAGGACACGAUGAAGCAGUGGACCUUGGUGAUGACCCCAUGCUGCAUGGCCUCACACGCGUCAACAGUUACGCCUCUUCCGUCAGUGUCAGCUCCGCAGCUUCUCAAACAGUCAGUGGCAGAUCGCACAACUUGACCGGCAAUCCCCCCACGAGCUCAGACAUGCAUGGUGAUAACGCAGAUGACGGCGCUUCAAUCCGACAUUCCCACUUGGCUGCAUGUACUUCAACAUCUCAGCCUGCCCAAGCGUCUCUUCACCGAGUGUCUUCAGCACAAGAUCCCUCACCCCGUCUCUCUUUCAGCUCGGGCAAGUCUGACGACACUCGAUACAAUUCGAUCUCCCUCAACACUUCUCAGGUCGGCUUCGCUGACAGCUCGUUGAAAACAAUGGUUGCCACUGGACUGCUUCGGAUCUAUCAUGAUAGUUUCGAGAACUCACUUUCUUGUUGGGUGACGGAGAAGAAUUGCCCUUAUGAAUGUGAGAUCGCGGAUCGAAAGGCUUUAGGAAGUACAUGCGAUGAGACGGCGUUCCGGCUACGUGACAACCGGAUCUUCUCUCGCGUCUCUCGCCUGGACAAUGCAUUUGCAGGGCUCAGAGGUAGGGACUUAAGCCAAUCAGAAAAUCGCGCCGCGACCAAGGCUCUGAACGCCGCCAUCAUGGCUUUCGCAAGUCAGUGGUCGCACAGCUCACAUAACGCGUUUUGGCGUAGUAAGGGUGGUCUACCACAAUUGAGGACGGGGCAAAACAACACAAAGACUGCUACACAAUGUGGCGAGUACGAACGUGUGAUCCAAAAGACACUUUGGCACGAAGCUCGAAGAGCUGUUCACGUUUGCGCGGCUAUGGAUUCAUUCAAGGUCAUUCUGGCAUAUGUGCUGUUGAGCUUGACCCAGAGGCCAAUGGACGAAAGUGGCAUGCGAUCAGUUUCGAAAUCAGUCAGUCCCACCGCAGCCGAUAACGAACAUAGUAUCGGGCAUCAAGGCGACCGCGAUAGUGCCUCUGGAUAUCAGGUUGCCUCUGAUGACACCGACUCAAUUACGCAAGAAAUAGCUGGAGAAGAGUGGGACCCUUUCGACACCACCGAGCUAGAGGUGCUUGCCUCGCCACCAGCUUACCUCGAGGUAGCUGUGCGGCAUCUGUUUGCAUGGAGACGCAAAGUUGAAAGACACCGACGAAAACGAUCCAAGACCACAGAAAAUUGUGCGACGCCUGCGCUGGCACUAAAGGACGAACAGACCUUCAACAUACUAUUCUGGCUUGGCGUAAUGUGUGAUACCACUUCCUCGGCGAUCACCAAGCGCCCGUUGAUCAUUGCGGAUGAGGAUUGUGCUGUCAUUCACGACGAACAAGCCUCGUUCGAUCUGCAGGCUGACGAUGCCGGUGCUUUGUGGGGCGAUUACCUGAUGAGCUCCAGAUGGGCUGGGCCACAGAAGCCUAUGCCUCGGUGGCCGUGCAGCUUCGAAGAAGCGGCUGUAGUCCUACAAGAGGCUAUUCCCAUCAAGGUUCUAAUGUAUCGCAAAAUCGGACAACUUCAGACCCUCGCUUAUAGGCGUACGUCACCUAGCAAAAUUGAAAGAUGUGUAGGUGAAGCCCUUGCGGUCUACCAACACUGGAACGACACCUACGGCCAAUUCUUGCUCGACUGUGUCAAUGCGCACAACAACCUCCCACCGCAUGUUCAAUCAUGGUACGUGAUCCUCGACGGGCACUGGCACUACGGUUGCCUGCUCUUAGCAGAUACGAUCGCCCAGCUCGACAGAGAAGAAAGGACCAUGGACGCUCCGCGCCAACUGCGCGCCACCUGUCGUCUGAUCGCGGAGCUGAGAAGGGAUAAUGCCCAGGCAAUCGCGAGAAUUGCCCAGGCCUCGCUGUCCGAGUAUGGUCCAUCAUACCCUGACAACUCGGAGUUCCAUUUCGCGUGCAACGGCAGCGCCAUACUCACCGAGCCGUGGACGGAUAUAUUGGUUCGUGCCAUGGGCACUGCAUGUCGAGUGUUCAUCAACUGGUUGUCAAGCUGGGAUGACUCUACAGAUCCGAUGCACGACUGGGUCACCUCAAGCACCGUCUACGACGACCUUUACACACAGGCCGCGACGUGUAUCCAGGGCAUGAGUCUACUUGGUCGCAAAUCCAAUGCUGCAAACUAUAUGGCUGACGUGCUCUGGGACCGAUUAAGACACGUGUGCCCACAGCGUUGAGCUUCGCAGUGAUAUCUCCGACACUGGGCGAGAAAACCUUGUCCGAGACGUAUGCUUGCGGCGACUCGAGCUGAGUGCUUAGCCGUCAGGUUGU